GCCGCGCUCCCCGCACGGUACUUCUAUGUGCAGGCCGUGGACGCCCAAGGGCUGAGGCUCAGGCAUCCUGCUUAUUUCCACUGUUGGGAACAUUGGUAUUUCUUCUACGUGCCGAGGCAGGAGAUCAGUAGAAACGCUUAGGAGUUAUUCCGCAGGCCAAUAGGUUCACUUCAUCACCAGGUGAAAACGCAUUCCAGGUGAAGAUCACUGCUCCUGAAGAACAGUUCACUCGUGUUGGUGUGCAAGUAUUGGACAGGAAAGAUGGUUCCUUCCUUGUGAGGUACAGGAUGUAUGCAAGCUACAAAAGCCUGAGGAUCGAAGUCAAAACUGGAGAUAAGCAUGUUGCAAAGUCUCCGUAUAUUUUAAAAGGACCUAUUUACCAUGAAAACUGUGACUGCCCUCAGGAGGAAAGCAGUACAUGGAUGGAAGAGAUGAACUGCCCUCAAACCAUUCCACAGAUUCAGAGAGACCUAGCAAAUUUUCCCAUUGUUGACCCAGAUAAGAUUGCGAAAGAAAUUCCACAGAGGUUUGGACAAAGACAGAGUUUAUGUCACUACACCAUCAAAGACAAUGAGGUUUAUAUAAAGACAUAUGGGGAACAUGUUGGCUUCAGAAUUUUCAUGGAUGCCAUACUGCUUUCUUUGACAAGAAAAGUGAAAAUGCCAGAUGUAGAAUUUUUUGUUAAUUUGGGGGACUGGCCUCUGGAGAAAAGAAAGCCCCCACAGAACUUGCACCCGAUCUUCUCGUGGUGUGGGUCCAGUGAGUCAAAAGACAUUGUUAUGCCAACAUAUGACUUAACAGACUCAGUUUUGGAGACUAUGGGACGAGUCAGCCUGGAUAUGAUGUCAGUCCAAGCAAACACUGGCCCAUCAUGGGAAGACAAGAAUACCACAGCCUUCUGGAGAGGACGUGACAGCCGCAAAGAGAGGCUUGAGCUUGUAAAACUCAGCAGGAAAUAUCCAGAGAUCAUAGAUGCUGCUUUCACAAACUUUUUUUUCUUUAAACAUGAUGAAAGCCUCUAUGGCCCUAUUGUUAAGCACAUUUCAUUUUUUGAUUUUUUUAAGUAUAAAUAUCAAAUUAAUAUUGAUGGCACAGUGGCAGCAUACAGAUUGCCUUAUCUACUAGCAGGAAACAGUGUGGUGCUAAAGCAAGACUCCAUCUACUAUGAGCACUUUUAUAACGAGCUGCAGCCGUGGAAACACUACAUCCCAUUUAAAAGUGACCUGAGUGAUCUGCUAGAAAAACUACAGUGGGCAAAAGAUCAUGAUGAAGAGGCAAAAAAUAUUGCAAAGUCUGGACAAGAAUUUGCAAGAAACAAUCUCAUGGGAGACCACAUUUUUUGUUACUAUUUCAAACUUUUCCAGGAAUAUGCCAGCUUGCAAGUGAGUGAACCAAAAAUCAGAGAUGGGAUGGAAAAGGUGCCACAGCCUGAUGAUGACCUUUUCCCAUGCACUUGCCACCGAAAAAAGGCCAAAGAUGAACUCUGACAGAAGUAAAUAAUUUUUUUUUUGAUAUUUAUCUACAUUCAGACUGUCUUCUUAAAGAAAGAAGAAAAAUCUGGAUUACUAUGCCUUUGGAUAAUGUCAGUGGGUAUUUUAAAGUUUACCAUUUCAUGAUUGACAUAUGAAGAAAACAAAGCACCCCCGAUUUCCUUUUUAUCAUGCAGUGGUGGCAGAGCCUUAUUCAAACACAUUUUUAUAAUUUCUUUUUUUAAAUAAAAACUAUGUUUGUAUCAGUCAUGUGUUCCUGUCCUAA